AUGAAGCACAUGAAUGAAAGUUUUCCAGAGGAUUUCAUUCUCAUGGGCUUUACCAAAUAUCCAUGGUUGGAUGUUCCUCUCUUCUUUGCCCUCCUAACCUCCUACAUGUUCACACUAUUGGGAAACAUUGCUAUUAUUCUGGUUUCUCAACUAGAUUCCCAACUCCAAAGUCCUAUGUAUUUCUUCCUCACAAGCCUCUCCUUUCUGGACCUCUGUUUCACCACCACGACUGUACCCCAAAUGCUCUUCAACUUAGGCGGACCCAACAAGAACAUCACUUACAUAGGCUGCAUGACCCAGGCCUAUGUAUUUCACUGGCUAGGCUGCACUGAAUGUGUUCUGCUUGGCACCAUGGCCUUAGACCGCUAUGUGGCUGUGUGUAAGCCUCUGAGAUACCCUGUAAUCAUGAACCACAAACUCUGCCGGCAGCUCUCCAGCACUGCUUGGCUCAUUGGCCUGGCCAAUUCACUACUGCAGUCCACACUGACAGUCCAGCUGCCCCUGUGUGGGAACCAAGAACUGGACCACUUCUUUUGUGAACUGCCUGGUCUAAUUAAGAUGGCUUGUGUGGACACCACAGUCAACGAGCUUACUUUAGCAGUUGUGGCCACCUUCCUGAUAAUGGGUCCCCUCUCUAUGAUACUUAUCUCUUACAGUUAUAUUGCACAAGCUGUAUUUCGAAUCCCUUCUGCUGAUGGGAGACUUAAGGCCUUCAACACUUGUUCUUCGCACUUACUAGUGGUGUCUUUAUUUUAUGGCCCUGGCAUCUACAUCUAUAUGCAGACUUCAGGGGACAGCCCUCAAGACCUUAUCAAAGUUCUGACGCUGUUUUACUGUGUUAUUACUCCCAUGGCCAACCCAUUCAUCUACACCUUGAGGAACAAGGAUGUUAAAGGAGCUUUGAGGAGACUUCUGAGGCGGGCCAUUUUGUCCAAGAGAAUAUGA